AUGGAGUUAGAUAACCUAGUGAAACAGCUAAGUGCACCUAGACCAAAAGACCAAAACUGUGUUUUUAAGGAUGGUGUUUCUGUUGGUGGUCAAAAAGCACAACCUCAACAGCAUAAAAAACAAGUUAGAAGAAGACUUCACACUACUAAGCCUUAUCAAGAAAGGCUUGUGAAUAUGGCAGAAGCUAGGAGAGAGAUCGUCACCGCCUUAAAAUUUCACAGGGCGUCCAUGAAAGAAGCAAGUGAACAACAGAAGAAGCAGCAACAAGAACAAGAAGCUCGAGAACAGGCGCAAAAGCAAUCACUGUCUCUUCAACUUUCACAGCAUGAAAGAUAUAAUAAGUCUAGGAGAAACCAUAGAAUUUAUCCUUCAUGCAGAACCAAUUCUUCAAGCUAUUUCAAUGAUUUUUCCUAUCCUUCGGUUCCGAAUUCUUACACUUGGCCUGCUGCUUCAGAGAUUCUUCCACCACCACCGCCGCCGCCGCCGACCCUUUUGUCUGAAAAUCCCAAUUUUAUUCUUCCGGAUCAAACUUUGGGACUGAACCUCAACUUUCAUGAUUUCAACAACUUGGAUAUUACUGUUCAUCUUAACAGUAACUCCUCAUCAUCAUCUUCACCAUCCUCUUACUCAUCUGGAACCUCAUCUUCUUCUGCUUCACAGGUUGGAACAUCACAGGUAGAUGGUUUUUCUAUUGACUCACAUGCUGCAACUCAUGCUACUGGAACCUUACACACUGCGAUGAAUGAUGAGGCUAUGGCGGAGAUGAGAUCAUUAGGAGAUCAACAUCAAAUGGAAUGGAAUGAUACUAUGAGUUUGGUUAAAUCAGCUUGUUGGUUCAAGUACUUAAAACACAUGGAACAUGCUGCACCUGAAACUGAAACCAAGGUUGAAAAUGAUGCAUACCGCCAUUUUGAUCAGCCUCUGGAGUUUCCACCUUGGUUGAAUGCAAAUGAAAGCUGCCUAGAACUGUGUUCAGAGAAUAAUAAUUUUCAACAUUCUACUUUACCUUGCAUGGACAUUGGAGAAAUUGACGGUAUGGAUGACGAUUGGCUAGCGUGA